AUGGCCCGGGACCAUCAUCAAAUACGUCAGGCCUCAGCUGCGUUACACCGGGUGGGACUAUGGAAUCCAGCUCACGGACUGCGCUUUGCGACAACUGCGACAGCUGAGGCGUCGAAUCCGGACAUCCCUGAAGCCACAGAGACCGAAUCCUCACCUCAAGACGAAGUGGCUGCGGCAGCCCGUACCGAUGACCCCUCCCCGCACACCCAUAACGAAGCAGGCGAUGCUGUCGGACAGGAUGGAGAAGCUAGUACGGGACAUGUCUCGGAGAAUGCAGACUCUAGCGACCUCUCGUCAGAAGGGGAGUUGGAAGCCAAGGAAGACGAAGCCAAGGACGACGAAGACGUAGAUGAACACGUCUCUCUUACCUAUCAGAUCCCAGAGGAAAAGCUGCGUGCUGCAAUGCUUGCCACUCCCCAAACUCGGGAUAGUUAUUGGAGUGCGAAGCUAUACCAAGGGCCCGAGGGCGAAGUGAUCUCGACCCAUUACUGCAAGUCUUUCGACGUUGCUGAAAGGGUGGCCAAAUACUUUCUACAAGAAAAAGUGGUGGGCUUCGACAUUGAGUGGAAGCCUCGUGGAAACCCAUAUUCCAUCAAGCAGAAUGCGUCGCUGAUCCAGCUCGCAUGCGAAGAUCGUAUCGCACUCUUUCAUGUGUCGCUGUUUUCUGGGAAGACUGUCGAGCAGCUGAUGCCACCCAGUCUGAGGGCUGUUCUAGAAUCACCCAAUAUUUACAAGGUGGGUGUGGCUAUCAAAGGAGACUUCAAGCGCCUGGAAAAGUACCUCAACAUUCAAUCUCAAGGUGUCUUCGAGCUAAGUCGCUUGCACAAUCUAGUUGAAUGGUACGAGGUGGAGCCUAGCAAAGUCUCAAACAGACUUGUAAAACUCGCUUCUCAGGUGCUACAGCACCUCCAACUGCCUUUGUACAAAGGAGAGCGACUAGUCGACGAUCCGGAUACAACCUCCAGCGUCCGAGAAAGUGACUGGAGUCUGUCCUUGGAUUUGCAACAGAUACACUACGCGGCUGCCGAUGCAUAUGCUGGCUUUCGUCUUUAUCACAUGCUUGAAUGGAAGAGGACACGGAUGAAGCCAGCCCCUCCUCCAGUGGCCCUUUGCGACUUUGACAACAAGCCUACUCCCAGGCCAAAGGUGCCUCGCAAAAGGGUAAAGGCAGCUACCAAGUCCGACGAUGCAGCGGACGUAGUUGCGAAGCCGUCAAUUGACGUGACAGAAGAGCAACAAGAAGAUGAGGAAGACGCGGAAGGGUAUGAGACCGCGACGGAGGAAUUUACCGACAGUCAUGAGCUCGAAGACGCACCAAACGAAACAAGAAAAGCUGUGCCCGUGGAUGACUCGAACAAGGCCUCUGCGGCUGAGGCUGCGGUGAAGCUCGAUUUGAACAGUGUUGAAGAAAGUGAAGUUUCUUCACAAAAGCGAGUUGGCCGUGUGAGCCUUUCUUGGCUCCAAAACACCGACCCCGGAUACCCUGAGCUGCCCAAAACAUCGCAGGAAGGGGACGUGGGCCCACAGUCUACCGGAUUUUCCAAAGAUGAGGUUGCCACGCAGAUGGAGAAGCAAGGCCAUGGUAUUUCACGCCGGGAGCAGAACGAUAGCGAUGAUGAAUACCCAGACCCAGAGCUUGAAGAUGCGCUUAGACGCAUGUCUUUGGACGAAAGUGGGAAGCUUAUCCAAGACGGGAACGACGCAGCAUCAGAGCAUACUCGCCCAACACCUACCAUAAGCCAAGACGAUCUGGGAACGCAGUCAGUACUUCCUACCCAUCUAGCAACCGCUCAAGCUUCUAAUACUGCCAAAGUGGCUGAGCCAUCAGGUCCCAAGCAUGAUUCCCUCGAUGUAGUCGAUUCCGCCGUGCCAACACCAGCUCCGCAAUCAAACAUCGGCCUACUCAAUGAGUCAUCACGAACACCUGAGUACAACUUGGCGACGAUAUGGGCACAGGAACAUCUUCAAGUUACUAUUCCAUCGCCUACUUCAACAACACCUUCACGCAUACGCGCAACUGUGACUCACCUUCGCGCAUAUCACAUGUGGCACUACCAGAAGCUCCCAGUCGAGAAAAUGGCAGCAAUCUUGCGAGAUCCGCCGCUCUCGAAUAACACGAUUGCGAAUUAUAUCUUGCAGGCAGUCACACUGGAGAGGCUUGAAUAUGAGGAAAACUCUCUUCGAAGUGUGUUACUAGCGCUACCUCCAGGGAUGCGAAAGGGACGAUGGAGGGGGCUGGCCGAGGAAGUUGGCGUGUGA